AGCAGGGAACAGCCUGUAGUCAGACACAUGGAAGUCUCCAGCUGCAGUGGGUGAACCAGCUGCCUGGUUCCCCCCCCCCCCCCAUGUCUGGCUGGAAAGAGGCUGCCCGAGCGGACCUGGAAUGGGGGGAUCCUAGGAGGCCAGAGGCCAGGGUGUAACAAGCAACACCGAGAAGGCAGAACAGAUUUGCAGAGAAUCGAUAGGAAGGAAGAGGCUGGGGGAAAAAAAUGCAGCUGACACGGUGCUGUUUCAUAUUUCUCAUCCAGGGGAGCAUCUAUCUGCUGGUGAUCUGUGGACAAGACGAAGCAGCAGAAGAGGAGGAAGAAGAAAGCGGAAAGCCAUCCAAAGAGCAACAACGUUCCCGGCCACAAAAGAAGAAAGGCCAGCUCUCCUUGAAGUCCACAGCUCCCCAAUCUUACUUUCAGAACUCAUCUCUGCUGGAGUUGGCCUCCACCAACUCACAAGAGUUCUGGAACAUCUUAGAUAGCUUGUCCAAACAGGAUCAAGUUGGGCAACCCCGAAGCCGAAGAGACUCUGUUGGGAACCCUGGCAGACUUAAGAAGAUAUUUGGCUGGGGCGACUUCUACUCUAACAUCAAGACGGUCAAGUUGAACCUCUUGAUUACAGGGAAAGUGGUCGACCACGGGAAUGGCACGGUCAACGUGUUCUUCAGGCACAACUCCACGGGACAUGGGAAUAUCUCAGUCAGCCUAGUGCCACCUAACAAAGCCGUGGAGUUUGACCUCGAGCAGCAAAUCUUCAUUGAGGCAAAAGAAUCAAAGAUCUUCAAUUGCCGGGUGGAAUACGAGAAAGUGGACAAGGCAAAGAAGACCACCCUCUGCACCUAUGACCCUUCCAAGACCUGUUUCCUCAACCACACGCAAAGCCAAGUCUCCUGGGUUUGCUCUAAGCCAUUCAAGGUCAUCUGUAUCUACAUAACCUUCUACAGCAUAGACUACCGGCUAGUCCAGAAAGUGUGUCCAGACUACAACUACCACAGCAAUGUUCCGUAUUACCCCUCUGGAUGACAUCAUACCUCUUUGGUCUCUGAAGCAGCCCAAAGUCUAUCUCAAUGUGGGGUUUGGGUCGGGAAAUAAAACAGAGGCAGCCCACAGGGAGACAGACAAGUGACGCCUCUCUGACGCCAGACAAACCAAGAAGCACCUUGUCUUUGCUGAAGACAAUCGGUUCAAGAAGACUUCGAGGGAAAGAGAGCAAACCUACUAUCCUUGAAUCCAUUUGCCCUGAUUUUGGGGGGGAGGGGGUGGUUGCACUUGGAGCCAGGCCAAGGUAUUUUGGUGCUCUGUGGAAAAAUCUCUGCAAUGCUUUUCUCCGCCACACCCAUAAAAGUUAACAUGGGGCCAAAACCAACCAUGAUUUUCUCAUGUACAAGCCUUCAUGAGGUUUCCACAGGAGAAGUUCUUGCUGGGUUGUGCUCUUGGGUCAGAUCCAGUCACGUUUCAUGAUACCUAUAGUCCAUCUCCAAAAAGGUCGUCUCGCCUUGUGGUAAAGCUCUUAGAGUCUUUGAUCUGUUUUUGGGGGAAAAAAAACAACCCAGAAAGGUGGAUUGAACUCAUGAAUUUUGUAGGGAUUCCCAAGGGGUGCCGUUUGAUUGUCACUUGCGUGUGCUUCUCUCCCUGAAACAAACGAUAGAGAACCACUGGGUGUGGGGAGGACAAGGUCAUACACAAGCAGAAGUGAGUUUGGGGGGUUCCAACCCAGUUCUAACUGCGUGCAACAUGAAAAACCAUGGAGCUGGCUGUUGUGAUUGGCUGAGCACACAGGAGUCUCUGGUUACAGUUGUUGGCUGAGAACAGGCAGAGAGGGUAGGCAGAUCAAUCAAUCCAGUCUGGGUCCACAAAGCGAAAUAUUCAGUCCGAAAGCAGGCACUACAGAAACUACCAGUCUGUCUCACAAAGUUGCUGCUGCAACGCUUGCUGUUCGCAGCUGCCUCUUAGAAGCCUGCAUUUUUGCUCAGCCUGAGUCCUGGGCUGACUUACAGCCAUCCCUUCUGUGUCUCUGGGCUUCCAAACAGGCGCUGCGUCUUGUAGUAUGCAGUGCCUCACGGCCCUGCUGUCCGAGCUGCCUCGCAGAACCAGGUGAGCUGGGGGAACUUUCUGCCUUUGCUGUUGGCUUGGGCCAGCACUGUCCUCCACCUGUGUGACUGCUGACUGCUCACAGGGCUCAACCCACUGUGGCUCUGGAGAUUCAGCCAGCUGAGACUCUGAUGGAGCCAGAUCGUCAUGCCAGUAUUCCUCAUCUGAGGAAUCCUAGCGGGCUGCUGGGGAGCUCACAACACUGGCCUUCAUAAUAUUGACGAAGAGAUGCAUGCCAGUAUCUGCUUCUGCCUCAUCUUAUGAUGCCAGCAGUUUGCAGAUGUUAUUAGAAGAGGCAUUCCUCCUUUCACACACAGGCUGGAAUACCUCUUCCAUUGCUGCUCAAUGAUCUACACAAAAAUUGCCGCAGGGAUCGUCUUGUAAGAAGCAUUCCCAACUGCGUGAGUAGGAAUGCCUCUCCUUAACAGGGUACCUGUUGUCUAGCCUCUGUUUGGAGGGUGGUUUGCAUCAGUGCUUGUAUUUUUAAAAAAGGAAAGAAAUUUUGCUGAAUUUGGGGGUGUUCCAUUGAGCAGAAAGGUUUUUAAUCUAACUGAUCUAGCCAAUUGACUAAAUGUCACACUCACCGCUGUAUAAAAUGCCUAUUCAAACAGAACAUGCUCUGCUAAAAAAAUGUAUUAUAAUUCUAAAGGUUUAAGCUAGGUGGUGAUAGGCAUUGGAAGCAACACACCUGCCAGAGCAUUUAUAAUAUGCCAAAGCUCAAGGAAGCUUCCAUAAGGAGCUUAAAAAAAUAUGAGGUGCAAAGGGAAUACACACACCAUUUCUAACUAUCAACUAGGUGGUCCUUGUGUAAAUAAUAAAACCAGACUGCCCAUCUACAGGGCAGAGGUCUCUACAUACUCAAGGGGGUCUCUGGGGAUGCACAAAGGGAAAAAAUGGCGAAACAAAUAAAAGAAGCUUUGCUCCCCCUGAAAAACGUCUUGAUGGGGGCUAAACAUGUUUUGGGAAGAAAGGAAUGCGGAGAGCUGCUGUCACUCUAGGAGGAAAAGGCACUAGUUUGCUGAAGCCCUUGAGAGUUUAUGGAAACAUCAAAAAUGAAGAGGGGGAGAAGUAGGAUUUCCAAAUCAGUGGAUUUAGACAUGGAUACCUUUUCUUAGGAUUGCACUGUUGGUUUCUUGUUUUGAGGUUUGCCUCUCCGAAGUAAGUUUUAUUGGCCCCUGGUCAAAUUCUGAUGGCAAGAAAUCUUUCUUAAUGGUUUUGACAUAGACGUCUCUCUCUGGUCCCUUCCGCACAUGCAGAAUAAUGCACUUUCAAUCCACUUUCAAUGCAGUUUGCAGCUGGAUUUUACUAUGCGGAAUAGCAAGAUCCAGUUGCAAACCAUUGUGAAAGUGGAUUGAAAGUGCAUUAUUCUGUAUGUGCGGCAGGCGCCUCUGUCUCUGCUUCCAACUGGAGCGCUGUCGGAGGAGGCAUCCAAACGAUGUUAUCCUCUAAUAAUCAUUUCCCAUAUUUUCCCUGUCCUCUCUGUCCUCUCUUCCUUUAGCAGUCUGUACCUUUUUGGAAACAACACUGUCUACACUGUUAGCAUGCCACCCAGAUGAAAAAAGUUCACCUUUUUAAUCAUUUAGCAGCCAAUUUUAGCCAUUUUAAUUACUACCACACUAUCGCAAUUGCUGGCUUUUUUUAAAAAAAAGCCCUCCAGUCUUGCAGCUGAGAAAAUGGCUGCAGAUGGUCCACAAGUAAGCAGAAAGCUCCCAUGUGAAUUCUCUCCAGCGCCCAAGAGAAGAUCUCUGCAUUUGCAGCAGCGAUGAAUGCAGUAUGCAGAAUCUUGUGUGAAUGCCGCCUUGGUCCCUCAAACCUGAACAGUGACAACCUUCACAACAGAUUUCACUGUGCUUUGUGAGAAACUUUCUAACACUGACAAAACGUCCAGAGAAUAGAAGAAGAGUUUGGAUUUAUACCCCACCUUAGUCUCCCUCAAGGAUGCUCAAGGUGGCUUUCAAGCUCCGUUCCCUUCCUCUCCCCACA